AUGGCUGCGAACUUCUUCAACAACAAGGCUCGCGCUGCGGCGGCAGCAGCGAACCCUUCGAAACCGAAGCCCACAGAUAGCAAGGAAGAACAAGCCAAGCAACAACCAUGGGUUGAGAAAUACCGUCCUAAAACCCUCGAUGAUGUCGCCGCUCAAGAUCACACAACAAAAGUCCUCCAACGAACACUCCAAGCCUCCAACCUCCCCCAUAUGCUCUUCUACGGACCGCCAGGUACCGGAAAAACAUCCACCAUCCUCGCCCUCGCCAAAUCCCUCUUCGGACCCUCCCUCUACCGCUCGCGCAUUCUCGAACUGAACGCCUCCGACGAACGUGGUAUCGGUAUCGUACGUGACAAGAUCAAGAACUUUGCCCGUGCGCAACUCACACACUCUACGGGGUUGGGCGAGGAAUACCUGGCGCAAUACCCGUGCCCGCCGUUCAAGAUUAUUAUUCUCGAUGAGGCGGACAGUAUGACGCAGGAUGCGCAGUCUGCGUUGCGUCGCACAAUGGAGCAGUAUAGUCGGAUCACCCGUUUCUGUUUGGUUUGCAACUACGUCACAAGAAUUAUCGAGCCACUUGCUAGUCGUUGCAGCAAGUUCCGGUUCAAGGCGCUGGAUAAUUCCGCGGCUGGGGAGAGAUUGGAGCAUAUUGCCAAGGUGGAGAAUUUGAGGUUGGAGGAUGGGGUUGUCGAUAAGUUGAUUGCUUGCAGUGAGGGUGAUAUGCGACGUGCGAUUACGUAUAUGCAGAGUGCGGCUAAGCUGGUUGGGGCUGGCCGGGCUGGGAAGAAGGACGAGGAUGAGGAUGAGGAGAUGACGGACCAGGAGUCGGAGGUUAUUACUAUUCGGACGAUUGAGGAGAUUGCUGGUGUUGUUCCGGAGGGCGUAUUGGAUGCGUUGGUGCAGGCAAUGCAGCCGAAGAAGAUCGGGUCCUCCUAUGAGGCUGUUGCGAAGGUGGUUACAGACAUCAUUGCUGAUGGGUGGAGUGCAACGCAGCUUCUUUUGCAGUUGUAUCGACGGGUGGUGUUCAACGAUGCGAUCCCUGAUAUCCAGAAGAACAAGAUCGUUAUGGCGUUCUCGGAUAUGGAUCGACGUCUGGUCGAUGGUGCGGAUGAGCACCUAUCUAUCUUGGAUAUAGCCCUCAAGAUCUCUGGCAUCCUCGGAGGAGCUUAG